AUGGCGUCAAAAUUCCCAGAGGUUCAAGGAGGAGGCUCCUUGAUCAUUGCCUGGCAAGUAAAGCAGAAGAAUAUCUUAGUAGUUGGUGGCGGUGAAGUAGCUGCCGGGCGUAUCCUUCACGCGCUCAAUGCAGAUGCGAAGGUCACUGUUGUUUGUCCGGCCUCAGGACUCAACGAAGAAGUGGCCCACCGAGUACUUGUAGACCAAGUUACGCACAUUGACCGGAACUUCGAGCCCUCCGACUUGGAAGGCGCUGAUAUGGUGCUCUGUGCCAUUGAUGAUCCAGAAGCUUCGACCCGUGUGUGGAAACUCUGCAAGGAGAAGCGCAUACCAGCCAACAUAGCCGAUGUACCUUCCGAGUGUGACUUUUACUUUGGCAGCGUACACCGGGAUGGCCCGCUGCAGGUCAUGGUCAGUACGAAUGGGAACGGACCGAAGCUUGCGAGUAUGGUACGGAAGAAGAUUGCCGAUACCCUGCCUGCCAAUAUGGGGGCUGCUAUUGAGAAUGUUGGAAAGCUGCGGCAGAAGUUGCGGGGGGUGGCACCUAGUCCACAGGAAGGGCCUAAGCGGAUGAAAUGGAUGUCUGCCAUUUGUGAAUCGUGGAGGCUGGAGGACUUGGUCCAAAUGACAGAGGAGGAUAUGGAGACCCUACUGACACAUUACCAGGCUGGCGGGAUCCCUUCUCUUGGUGACGUGCGCUCAAGCCUCCCUGCCUCCACUGAUUGA